AUGUUUAACUUUAUUGUGCCCUCUGCCGACCUCAUCGUCACCUUUGAGCGGGCCCAUGACCGUACCAAAAAACUCAUUCUCACUCCUUUCGACGACGCAAAAAGUGGUCACGCUACAGAAGUACCGCUAUUUCGCGCCGACGAAAACGUUCGUGGAAAACUGAUUGUAAAAGUGAAUUCAGGCAAACGAUUGGAACACUCGGGGCUGACACUGGAAAUGCUUGGUUUCAUCAAAGCGCCAGGGGACCAAAAGGCUGGACACGAAUUUACAAAGUGUUCACGGGAAUUGCAAUCCAGUGGAACUGUCAUUGAAGGGGACGAACAUUUUGCUUUUGACUUUGCUCAUGUGGACAUGCCCCACGACAGUUACUAUGGCCGUAAAGUGGAACUGAGGUAUGUUCUUCGAGCUACUUUGUCGAGGGGCAAGUAUGCGAGUGACAUUGUACUUGAACAAGAUGUGUGGAUCCAACACAUCGCUCCCUCGCCUCCAUUGAAUGGCUCCAUCAAGAUGGAAGUGGGCAUUGAAGAUAGUCUGCACAUUGAGUUCGAGUACGACAAGUCGCAUUACCACCUCGAAGAUGUAGUAAUCGGCAAGAUAUCUUUUCAAUUGAUGCAGAUCAAGAUCAAGCACAUGGAGCUGGCAAUCUUGUGUCUGGAGAGUGUGGGGUCCGGACCUCAGCAACACAGUGAGCUUGAAACUAUCACGACAUUUGAGGUCAUGGACGGUGCACCUAGUCAAGGGGAGAGUAUUCCUGUCCGCAUGUACCUCGCUCCUUACACACUCACACCCACGUACCAUAACGUGCAGAAUCAAUUCUCUGUCAAGUAUUUCUUGAACCUUGUGUUGGUGGAUGAAGAAGAUCGCCAGUACUUUAAACAUCAAGAAAUCACGCUUUGGCGUACGACUGUCGGAUGA